AUGCUCUUCACAAAGUCGGACGGUGAUAUAGACGCGGAGUCACGUGAAUUGGCCUAUCCGAUCGACUGCUCAUUGAAGAGAGAAUAUGAACAUAGAGCAAGGAGUAUAUUCCAAGAGUUUUUGACGAUGAAAGCACCAAUAUUGACAUCAAUUGUGUUACUUCAUAUCAGUAGUCCCAUUGUCAAGAACCUUGUCAGCGGAACCAUUGGGUCUAUAUCAAACUAUUCCAUCGAAGAUGAAGACUGUUCGAAACGCCCGAUGGAAUUGGAUUUGGACUCGCUGCAGAGACAUGUGAAAGCCGAUUCGUGUAAAACCUCUCACGAACUGACAGUCGCUCUUGGAGCGAGUCAAACCACAGUUGUUCGCGGAUUAGAGUCCAUCGACAAGCGGGAACUUGAGAGCAUUCAAAAAACCGAGGUUAUGGAGAAAAACGCCCUGCAUCACAAAUUUUCCGUUGUACGGUAUCGUGAACCUUCAGCCGUGUUACUACCUCCUCUCGAAGUCCAAAAAUCUACAGUAUUGGCGGAUGCAGGUUUUGAAAUACUGUAUGGGAUAGAUGACCGAGUCUUUGGUAAUUUUGUACCAAAAUCGUCAGUUCGUCGAACAGGCCGAACUGCUCUCAACUAUGGAUUUAUUGGUAGAGCAGGCGUUGGAAAAUCGGCUAUCAUCAACGCAAUAAGGGGAAUAUCUUCCAAGCAUCCUCUUGCUGCUGGUGUAAUUCGGACAAGGCGUGGAAUUUGCGAGCGCUUCGAGUUUGAUGGUGACUUGCUAAAGUAUAGCGUAACAUUAUGGGAAUUGCAGUAUCCAAAAAAUAUCAGCACUUACUUUGAGUUUAUCGAUCGGUAUGGCGUAACGAACUUUACGGCCAUAUUCGUCCUCAUUGGAGAGACUCCGUCGGAGGAGGAUCUUUCAUUCUCGAAGAUUGCUCAUCGCAGAAAUGCAUAUGUAGUAUUCCUUUCAUCAAAAAAUGACCAAAAAUUAGCUGCUCGAAGUCGCAGAUAUGAAGUUCCGGUUUGCGACCUGUUGAAGCAACGUUAUUUGAAUAAAGGCUUGUCUCAGUUUGACAGGGCCCUUGGAGCCAACGCACCCGAACUAUGUGGAAGAGUACAUAUUUUUUUCGUGGGCGCGCCUGUGUUUCGGGCGUUGAGGACAGGUGAUGCACGCGGUAUGCAAUACAGUCUUCACGAACGUGUUGUAUUCGACUUCCUGAAGCAAAAACGCAUUGUGGCAGAUCUAGUGGGCUCUCGUAAAGUUUACAAUGAUGGUUUCCUUGUCGACGCCAACUUCGACACAGCUGACAAACCUGAAGAGCCUAUAGAUAAAGAAUCUAGGCAGAUUCGCCUUUCAUUUCUUCGAUUUAAAAAGAUUAUAUAA